AUGAUGGCUUGCAACAAGAAACAUGAACUAAAGGAAUAUUGGACAAUCGAUCCCGAAAAUCCUUGCUCAUCUGGCGAAAAAGUCAAUCAAGUGAUGAAGUAUUACCGUUUUUGCGAUAUUCACAAAUAUUUGCAUUUUUCUGACAAUGAAGAUGCCCUGUCGAUUGGUGACAAAAUGAGCAAAGUAAAGCAAUUGGUUGAUGAACUCAAUAAGAACUUUGCAAAAUAUUAUUCUCCUGGAAGAAAUAUCUGCAUAGACGAAAGUUUAAUCCCAUGGUAUGGUCGUGGUCAACGGGUUUAUAUAAAGAAUAAGAAUGCAGGCUAUGGAGUUAAAGAGUUCAAACUUGCAACCGGAAACGGAUACGUUUUGCGUGUUCUUCCUUACAUUUCUGAUCCGGAAAUUUCAAGUGUAAAUGCGGAUUAUGUUUGUCAAGUCCUACUUCAAGGUUAUUUGAAAAAAGGUCAUGUUCUUUGCACUGAUAAUUGGUAUACAUCAAUUCCAUUGGCUGUUUGGCUAGCAAAUAACAAGACUUAUCUAGUUG